GACAUGGGGGACCUCAUUGCCAUCCCCCCGCCCCAGCAGAUCCUCAUCACCACUUUCGAGGAGCCCAGAACAGUCGCAUCUUCUAACUGCUCAGAAGCUGCCACCCAGCCAUGGAAGGGGAGGAACAGCCACCUCAGGAGGCUGACAUGGAAACCGGCGUGACGUCAGGGGCCUCAGCAUCAGUGCCCAGGGUGCUUUCUGGAGAAGCCCAGAACCUGUCUGAUGCGGAUGCCUUCAGCCUGCUCCUAGAGAUGAAGUUGAAGCGGCGGCGAGAGCAGCCCAACCUGCCACGCACGGUGACCCAGCUCGUGGCUGAGGAUGGGAGCAGGGUGUACGUAGUGGGCACUGCCCACUUCAGUGACGACAGCAAACGGGACGUGGUGAAGACCAUCCGUGAGGUGCAGCCCGACGUGGUGGUCGUGGAACUCUGCCAGUACCGGGUGUCCAUGCUGAAGAUGGACGAGAGAACGCUGCUGCGUGAGGCCAAGGAGGUCAGCCUGGAGAAGCUGCAGCAGGCUGUGCGGCAGAACGGGCUCAUGUCUGGGCUCAUGCAGAUGCUGCUGCUGAAGGUGUCGGCUCACAUCACUGAGCAGCUGGGCAUGGCCCCUGGUGGCGAGUUCAGAGAGGCCUUCAAGGAGGCCAGCAAGGUGCCUUUCUGCAAGUUCCACCUGGGCGACCGCCCCAUCCCUGUCACCUUCAAGAGAGCCAUUGCCGCACUGUCCUUCUGGCAGAAGGUCAAGCUGGCCUGGGGCUUGUGCUUCCUGUCGGACCCCAUCAGCAAGGACGAUGUGGAGCGCUGCAAGCAGAAGGACCUGCUGGAGCAGAUGAUGGCUGAGAUGAUCGGCGAGUUCCCUGACCUGCACCGCACCAUUGUGUCUGAGCGUGACAUCUACCUGACAUACAUGCUGCGGCAAGCUGCCCGGCGCCUCGAGCUGCCCCGAGCCUCCGAGGGUGAGGGUGAGGGUGAGAGUGACGGUGCCGAGCCCAGGAAGUGCGUGCCCUCCGUGGUCGUAGGCGUUGUGGGCAUGGGCCACGUGCCCGGCAUUGAGAAGAACUGGAGCACAGACCUCAACAUCCAGGAGAUCAUGACUGUCCCCCCACCAUCCAUCACGGGCCGAGUGUCCCGCCUGGCCGUGAAGGCCGCCUUCUUCGGGCUGCUGGGCUACAGCCUGUACUGGAUGGGCCGCCGCACCGUGAGCCUCCUCCUGUCACUGCCGGUGGCACAGUCCUGCCUGCAGAGGGCGUCUGGAGCCCGGCCAGGUCCUUAGGAGGCCUUGCCCAGGGCUGUCCCCUGCUGCAGCUCCCCGCACCGCCCAGGAGCCUUCUGGGAGCAUCCAAGCACCCCCCAUGGGGGCCCAGGUCAAGCCUCGCCUGCCCGCCCCAGCCCACCCAAUAAAGGAUUAUUUAACGGUCUGGGCCCGCGGUCCUACUCAAGGGCCUGGGACCCAUUCAGGCCUAGCCACCAAGUGGCAGGCUAGGGAGGGGCUCCGACGCCCGCAGGCCCUGCCCACGGCAGGCUGGCCCUGGUCACACCCUACCUCACUGUGCCUUGUGCGCUAGGCGUCUGGUUCCAAGGGCCUCGCCUGGCACCUGCUGGGGCCAUGCAGCUCUCCACUGGGGGCUGGGGAGCUGUGGCCGCCCUGGACCAGCCUGUAGCGUACCAGCUGCGUCUCCGCCUACAGAGAUUCUGUGUUUGGGGCUUUUUUAAAUGUCUGAAAAUUUUUUUACUCAGGUAACUUUAAAGAAAAAAGCAAACUGGAGCAAAUGUCAGGAAAUACAAGCCUUAAGUCCAGUGAGACAGGAGUCUUGUGUUCGUCUCUGUCCUGAGUGGGCGUGGGCAUGGCCCAGGGUUAUGGACCCAGGCGGCCCAACAGGACACUGCCUGCCUCAGGACCCUGGCAGCCUGUGCCCAGCACUCUGCCCCAGCCACAUGUUGAGGUCCCCCACGUCUAGUUGUCCCUGUGCUGACUGUCAACCCAAUCAGGGAAGCCCUGUAGAACUGGGCCGGGCUGCCAAGCCACUGGGCAGCCCUGUCUCAUGCUCAUGGACUUGUUCCUUAGA